GGGAUCUGUGCGGGGAUCUGUGCGGGGAUCCGUGCGGGGCCAGCCAUGCCCUGCCCAGGCGCCCUCUGAGCGGCCAGAUCUCUCCUCCUCUGUCGCCUGCUGCACCGGAGAGCAGCGUAGGAUGAGAAUCUGCCAUCAUGAUGCAAGGACUGAAAAAACGAACCAGGAAAGCCUUGGGCUUACGAAAGAAAGACAAGGACACGGACACGAGCUCACCUGACAGAGAGGGGAGUGGAAGUGGAAAGAGAAGCAGCAGAAGAGCCAACGGGGCUCCUAACGGGUUUUAUGGGGAGAUCGACUGGGACAGAUAUGCCUCUCCCGACGUGGACGAGGAAGGCUUCAGCCUCAGGCCCGGCACCGAAGAUGAUGCAGCCGCCAAAGAGAGGCACUUCUUCUCCUCCAGCGACUCGGAGGAGGACGAGGACACCAAGAAGAAGUUCAAAAUCAAGAUCAAGCCGCUGGUGGCGGAGAGCGCGAGGUGUGUCCCUCCCUCCAUGGACGAGCUGAAGGCCUCGGUGGGGGGCCUGGCGCUCUCGCCCUCCCUGAAGAGAAGUCCGAGACGCAGUCCGGGGCUGAUGAAAAGAAACUUGUCCUGUGAGGAGAUCGCCAGACCCAGACGCUCCACCCCGACGCCGACUCCCGCCCCUGAGAUGCCCAGUGACUCGGUGUUGCAGAGUGUCCCGGCCCUGUUCGGCCUGCCCUCGGAGAGCAGAUACUGCAGAUAUGACGUGGUUCCCAACAACGCGUGGGGAGAUUCUCGACCGCGGUCGGAGUCGCAGCUGAGUAGAAGUUUUCCGACAGGAGCUCCUCCUCCUCUCCCGCCAAAAAACAUUCCAUCGAGAAGUCAUUAUGGUUAUCCGUCCGACUUGGCAGCUGAUCUCCCCAACGGCCGGGCAGCUCGCAGCUCGGCCCCCAUCUACCUGAACAUCCUGUCCCCGGCUGCGUACCGCGGCUCCCCGGCCCCCGACCUGGACGACGUGUUCGGCCCCGUGGACAGCCCCCGCUCCAUCGAGGAGACGGCCUCUCCCCGAUGGGUCACGUUCAUGGACAACAGACCUCCUCCUCCGGAUGAACCGGCCCCCCCUCCGCCGCCGGACUCCCCCCCGCCGGACACUCCCUCCUCCACCCCUUCCACGCCCUGCGUCUCUCCCGGACCGCCGCCCGACGAGCCCCCGCCUUCACCUCCGCCCUUUUCUCCCGGGUCUCCUCCUCCUCCUUUCACGCCGCUGGACUCGCCCCCCUCCAUCGUGCUGGGGCCACCGCCCCCCGACGAGCCGGCCCCGCCGCUGCCCCCCGAGUUCUCCCCCUCCAACUCCCCCACGGUGAGCUCUGAGGACGACGCCGUCGAUGAGGAGGUCCUGCGGUUUGCGGAGUACGCCUCGGCCUCGGCCGUGGCCCCGCCGCCGGUGGAGCGGAGGUCCCCCUGGACGGGGGCCACGCCCCCCCUCGCCCCGGGGGGGAAGAGGACUCCGGAGGGCUCCCUCCAGAGAGACGACCUGCCCAACGUGGGCGGCUCUCCCAGAGAGCUGACGCCCAGUUUCCGGGGCACGCCGCCUCCUCUCCCUCCCACCACGUACAGGUCUAUCAUGUCUUCCCCGGGCCCCUACUCAGGCAGCAGCCCGUCGUCGCCAGCUCGUCCCGCCACGCCUCAGUCCCGGGGCAGCCCGGUCCCCCCUCCUCCUCCUCCUCGCCCGUCCUCGCGGCCAAAGCUGCCCCCGGGGAAACCCAUCGCAGAUCUGAGUCGUCCCUUCAGUCCUCCAGUUUCGGGCAGCCCCCCGCCUUUCGCCCCCCUGGCGCGUGCAGAGAGCUCCUCCUCCAUCUCCUCCGUCACUUCGCACAGUGCAGCCUCCACCCCGACCCUGGGGAAGGACCUCAACAUGCCUCCCACAGGAUGCUCCAGAGGCCCCAGCCCCCUCACCAUGGGGCCCCAGGACACCUUGCCCGUUGCAGCUGCCUUCACAGAAACCAUCAAUGCCUACUUCAAAGGCGCUGAUCCCAGCAAAUGUGCGGUGAAGAUCACGGGUGAAAUGGUCCUGUCCUUCCCUGCCGGUAUCACCAGGCACUUUGCCAGUCACCCGACUCAACCUGUCCUCACCUUCAGCAUCAGCAACUACAGCCGUCUGGAGCAGGUCCUGCCCAACCCCCAGCUGCUGUGCUGUGAUCCCUUAACAGACAGUGUAGACACCAAGGAGUUCUGGGUAAACAUGCCAAACCUGAUGAGCCAUCUGAAGAAAGUAGCAGAGCAGAAACCUCAGGCAACGUACUACAAUGUGGACAUGAUUAAAUACCAGGUGUCAGCGGAGGGGAUUCAGUCCACUCCUCUGAACCUGGCGUUGAGCUGGAGAGGGGUUACCACCAACACGGACCUUAGGAUAGAUUAUAAAUACAACUCGGAGGCCAUGGCCGCCCCAGUCCCGCUGCACAAUAUCCACUUCCUGGUCCCCGUGGAUGGAGUUGUAGCCAAACUACAGGUGGUGAUCCCGCCGGCCACCUGGGAUACAGAGCAUCAAACAAUAAAGUGGAAAAUUUCAAGCUUGUCUCACAGGUCCGACAACGGAGGGGUGGGGGCUCUACUGGGCCGGUUCCAGAUGGCAGAAGGCUCCUGCAAACCCUCCCAGCUGGCAGUGCAGUUCACCAGCGAGGGCACCACCCUGUCCGGGUGCGACAUCCAGCUGGUCGGGACCGGCUACCGGCUCUCACUGGUGAAGAAGAGGUUCGCUGCAGGGAAAUAUUUGGCGGAUAACUAGCGGACUUGUUUAUGAACAGAACCAAGAAAAACAUUCGGCUGUGAAGACUAUGGAUACAUCCCAUUUUUAGUGCACUUAGGAACCUGCCUGUAGCAACCAUCGGAGGGAAUGGUUGAGGAUUACUAGAAGAACAGAUCAUAACACACCGAGACGACAGACUGAGGGCUGCUGAGUUUAUGCAAAUAAAUAAAAAUCAUAUGAUGUGUGCACUUGGAAAGCUUACGUGGAGUAAGCUGUAGUCAAACCCUGAUUCUUUGUUCUUGUUAACUGUAAAAAAAAAAAAAAAAAGAUAACAAUUGCUGUAAAAAUAAUUGUGGAUUUCAUACAGAGAUUCAGCCUUAUUUUAGUUUAUUUUGUCUAACAGGUCGCCACAGUGAAUGACACUAAUAGAAAAAAACUAGGUGGAGAAGAUUGGGAAAGGGGUGACGAAGUGCAAUGUAGGGUUGCUCCACAGCUUUAUUUCAGUAAGUUAUAGGCGGCAUGGUAGUACCUUCCAUUUAGACGGGUUUGUAAAUGUCAUGUCCCAUCAGUCCUGUGUUUAACAAAAUCAGCCUGCUCCAAAAACAACUUCAUGAGCUCUGCGAAAUCUGUUCAGUUAACACUAAAGGUUGCUGGUUAUUGUCUUCAUGUUUCGUGGAUUUCCGAAUGUUAGCAACUACUGUCAAAGAGGUCAUUCAGUCGUGGGAAAAAGUGAGUGCUUCCUCUUUUAAUCUUCAUUUUUUUUUGUGUAAAGAGCCAAUAAAAAGUCAUCUGGUCGUAGUGGGUCUCAGCAUUUGGCGAGUGCAACCUCCGGCAAACAACAACACGUAACCUUUUUUAACUGCGCUACUGUUAUUUCACAGAAAUAAAGCUAGAAAAAAUCAUGUGUACAAUAUUAAGUACAGCCUUUUUCAUAGGAUUUAAGAUGCCAAGUAACAGCUGGGUUCUGCUCAUGAUCAGUCCUUGAACCGUCACGUUUUUGGUUUUUCUAUAGUAUAUAUACGUAGUAUAUUUUAUAUUAUAGUUUCUAUAGUAGAUGAAUAUGUCAUUACAGAAAUGUUUGUCUCUGCACGAGCAGGCGGCAGUUCUUCGAUUUCGCUGUCGUUCCAGUUUUUUCAUCUCUUUUUCCAAAUUAGUUGUGUUCCUGCAUGUGAGACGUCACAUAGGAACUUUUUUGUUUAGUCAUUCAAGUUACACCGUGCAGUCAUAGCUUGUUAGAAGCUCUGCGAUAAUUUGAUAAUUUCUGCGAUAAUUUGUAUAAUUUGUAAAGGAUUACCACUGAUCAUAUUACUGGGCUAACGGGUUGUAACCCAAGCUCACUUAAGGACAGCGUCAGUGCUAUGUUAGUGGGUUUUUCUUUCUUCCUCAAAGAGUUAUCAAAGGCAGACGUGAAGCCAUUUGUAUGAAAGCUAAAGUUUCAUUAAAACUGGCUCAUGCAACCGGACAGAGAUCCAAAACACACCAACAACUACAUCAUAAUGUCUGGAAAAUGAAAUAAUACAAAAAAUAUAUAUACAUUGUUGUAUAUACAAGGUUGUUUUUGCCUAAAACUACGCCACACUACAAUCAGAUGAUGUUCAUCUUGCCUUUACAAAAUAAAAAAACAGAUUAAAAGAGGGGCUGCCAGCCUUUGCACGACUGUUUCUUCUGAAACAUGAUCAAAGUAUUUCUAACGCUAAUGGCUGAUAAGUACGACGGAGUAUUAGGGCCAAACUAAGACAAAAAAAAAGGAAAUUACGAGGAUAAAGUCGUAAAAUUUCGAGAAUAAAGUCGUAAUAUUACGAGA